AAUAGAUGAACCACUUCCAUCAUCAACACAACAAGAAAAAAAAUAUAUAAUGAAUUACAAAAACAUAUUUGAUAGUGUUAAGGAGCUUCUUUCUAAAGAGGAUAUUGCUAAUUCAUGUAUUUUUAAUUAUCAACCACGAUAUAUAAAUUAUGAA